CUCCCCUUUAUGUGUGCCUGGUCUUCUCGGGUAGCACCAGGGAGCCCAGCGGGGCACAGAAUCAGUGAGGACCGUUAAUGAUGUAAAUAUAAUCCAUUUACCAUCUAUUGAUCUGUAUCGGACUCACCGAUUUCAGCGUGAGAUCAGCCUUUGUCGUUUCGCACGGUGGCGUCUCCAUCGACCUGACGGGAUCACAGCGGCAUCUUCACCGCCUUCCCCACUUUCCCGAGAAGGUGAAGGCUGCAUAAUAACACCGCCCGCCGCUAUGAGACGAAUAACGGGAAAGGCGAAGGAUGAAACUUUGAUCGAGCUGCAGAGCACGGCGGAUUCACAUACCGGAGAUGGUCCUGCAGUGUUGACCGCAUUCAGGAUAAACCUGCACUCAGAUGAAAACGGUGGAAAUGGAGUCAGUUCAUUAUCUGACAGAGGGACACUGCCUGGACAUACAGAGACGGACAAGCUACAACCAAACAAAGACACCGUGUUCUUCAGGGACGGAGUGCGAAGAAUAGACUUUGUGUUGUCUUAUGUGGACGACAAAGAUGGAGAAAAGAAACAGGAGAGGAGGAGGGAGUUUGAGGCAAACCUUGAGAAAGUGGGGCUGGAGCUGGAGACAGAGGACAAAUCGGAUUCAAAAGACCAGAAGACGUAUUUCUUGAAGAUCCAUGCUCCAUGGGAUGUUCUGGCCACCUAUGCUGAUGUGUUAAAGAUCAAAGUUCCCUUCAAGGAGAGUGAUAUCCCCCACAGUCACGAUGUCCCACUGGAGUGGCUCUCGCAACCUUUCCGUCUGCCUGAGCACAUAAUGCGCCCACAAUCUGACUACUUCACCUACCACUUCGACAAGACCAAGACCGACUUCUUCCUCAUCAAUGACAAGGACACAUUCUUCCCACCGUCCACAAGAAACAGAAUUGUGUUCUACAUCCUGGCUCGCUGUCCGUAUUACAAAGAGGGUCGGAGAGACAAAGACAAGACAGGAAUCAAGCGAUUGCUCAGCAACGGGACCUACACAGCAGCCUUCCCAGUUCACGACUGUCGAUACUGGAAGAGAGCAAGAGACGCUGAAUGUGAGAGCGAGCGCUACAACUUGUACAAGCACUGGGCCAAGUUUCUUUGUUUUUACAAAGAGCAGCCUCUGAACCUCAUCAGGAAGUACUAUGGGGAGAAGAUUGGGAUCUACUUUGCCUGGUUGGGCUUCUACACGGAGAUGCUGUUCUUUGCAGCCGUCAUGGGCCUUAUAUGUUUCACCUAUGGAGUGCUCAGCUAUGAUGACAACAUAUCAAGUAAAGAAAUAUGUGACGCCAAUAUCGGGGGCAACAUCGUGAUGUGUCCACUCUGUGAUGAAAAAUGUCCUUUCUGGAGGCUCAACACUACUUGUCUCUCAUCCUGGCAAUCCCAUCUGUUUGAUAAUGAGGGAACGGUAUUCUUUGCCAUAUUUAUGGGGAUUUGGGUAACUCUGUUUCUGGAGUUCUGGAAGCGGCGCCAGGCCCGGCUGGAGUACGAGUGGGACCUGGUGGAUUUUGAGGAGGAGCAGCAACAGCUCCAAAUCCGACCAGAGUUUGAAAUCAGAUGCACGAACAGGAGACUCAACAAGAUCACUCAGGAAAUGGAGCCCUAUCUCCCCAUCACCAGCAAGUGUGCUCGCUUCUGCCUCUCUGGAGCCACUGUUCUUUUCUGGAUUUCUCUGAUAGUUGCCUGUAUUAUUGGGGUCAUCGCGUACAGGCUGGCCGUGUAUGCUGCCUUUGCAAGUAUCAUUAAAGACCCCAUGAGGAAGAUCCAGUUGGUGGGCAGAUUCAUCACUCCACAGUUAGCGACUUCUGUCACCGCUUCCUGCAUCAACUUUGUCAUCAUCAUGAUCCUCAACUUUUUCUAUGAGAGGGUGGCCAUUUGGAUCACUGAUCUGGAAAUCCCAAAGACCCACCUCGAGUAUGAGAACAGGUUGACCAUGAAGAUGUUUCUGUUCCAGUUUGUCAACUACUACUCCUCAUGUUUCUACGUGGCCUUCUUCAAGGGCAAGUUUGUGGGUUAUCCCGGGAACUAUUCAUACAUGUUUGGCAGUUCCACCAGACUGAGGAAUGAAGAGUGUGACCCUGGAGGCUGUCUGAUUGAGCUGACCACACAGCUGGUGAUCGUCAUGGCUGGGAAACAGUUAUGGGGGAACAUUCAGGAGGCCCUGCUGCCGUUGAUGCGUAACUGGUGGAGUAGCAGAAAGGGGCGACACCACCCUGAGAACCAUUACAGCCGCUGGGAGCAGGACCACGUCCUGCAGAACUUCAGCCAGCUGGGCUUGUUCUAUGAGUACCUGGAGAUGGUGAUCCAGUUUGGCUUCAUCACUCUGUUUGUGGCCUCUUUCCCCCUGGCUCCCCUCCUGGCUCUGUUCAACAACAUCCUGGAGAUCAGGGUGGACGCCUGGAAGUUCACUACCCAGUUCAGACGACCGGUGGCAUCCAAGGCUCGAAACAUUGGAGCGUGGCAGGAGAUCCUCAACGCGGUGGCCAUUUUGUCCGUUGUUACCAACGCUUUUAUCAUGGCGUUCACCUCAGACAUGAUCCCACGCAUGGUCUACCUGUACGCCUACAGUGAAAAGGCCAGCAUGAAGGACUACGUCAACAACAGCCUGUCCAUAUACACCAUCUCACAUAUAACUUCACACAACAUGCUGAACCUGACAACUGACAACUGGUUGGAUAACUCGACCACCACCUGCAGAUACCGUGACUAUCGUUACCCCUCAGGCCACCAGAAUGCGUACGCUCGCACCAUGCAGUUCUGGCACAUCCUGGCAGCCAAAAUGGCCUUCAUCAUCAUCAUGGAACAUGUGGUGUUUGUGGUGAAGUUCUUCGUGGCCUGGAUGAUCCCAGACAUCCCGUCGGACGUGAAGGCGCGGAUUAAACGGGAACGCUACCUGAUUCAGGAGUACCUGCAUAACUACGAGGUGGAGAGGCUCAAACUCCAGCUGAGCGCCAGUUUCAUCACGGAGCCACAGUCAGAAAUGUCCUUGACGUCAGACAAGCACGAAGUGCUGUCUGAGUGCCUGUAGCCCCUGGACAUGUCUGUUGAGAACAUCCAUAUGCAAGGGCUUUUGUCUGGGGGAUUAAAAAAACGCUACUAUCUUUUAUUUUUAAAUGGACGUUAACAUUUGUCAAGAUAUACUCCUGUAUUAGGAUCUGUGUAGAGGCAUCAGAGAAACCAAAAAAAAAAAAAAAUGCAACAACUUACUCCGCUCACAUACUUUAAAUCAGCUUUUACAGUGGAUGAAACUUUUUUGUGCCAUAAAAAAUCAUUGGAAGGUGUUACAUUGAUACAUGUGAUACAUUCAAACUCUCCAUUUGUCAUGACUGACUGACUCUGUAUGUGCUGAUAGGGUUUUGAUGUUGAAGAUGUGACAUUAGGUGUAAUUAGUUAUGGCAUUAUUCAUUUAAUUUUCUGCGUGUGAUUCUUCUACUGAGAAACAAGACGAAGGACUGAACGGUUUGGACAAGAAUAUAUAGUACGUGUCAGUUGUGAAGUUGUCUGAUGGUAAUUGUGGUUGGGAGUUCAUAUCAUUUAACUAUGAAUGUAGUAAACAUUCAAACUUACAAAUAUAUCAGAUAUGAAACACAUUGAUAUAUAUAAGAAAAUUAACUAGGCGGUGCUUAUUCCUCAGAUUACUUUCUUUUAGAAUUGGUAGCUACAAAAUGUUUAGUUCCACUGAUCUAUAGCUGGGCUAUUAGAUUGUCAGUUCUGUUAUUUGAGUGUGCUAUGUUUAGGGAAGAGCUCUUUUUAAAAACUGUGCAUUUGAAAACCAAGUACCUCCAUUACACUGCCAUGAAUCCACCCUGUCAGUCGUAUCGUGGUGAGACAGAAGCUGCAGGCUCGUCGUGCUCGUCUCCUCCUCCCUGCUCCUGCUGCGGGACAAUUAUAAGAUUUCUACCAAAAAGAACAGAUCACAUGAAGAAAAUGUUGUUAGAAGAUCUCUGGACAGAUCCUCUGUUUUAGUACAAUCAGUUUGUGUGGAUGAGUUCAGGUUGAUCGUGUGUCAGCUUUACUCUUCACAUGGAUAAUAAAUGGCCUGUAUUUCUGUUCUCAGAUCAGAUUGAUAUGCUGUAGACAUACACAGUUGUAACCUUGAUUUCAGAGAUAUACGGAAAAGAGAAGGAGUUCUUGUGCCCUGGUUGGAAUCCAUGUGACUGAGGAUUUCAGUGAAGAAAAAAAACUCAUAUAAUAGCUGGAUACUAAGUGUUGCUGUAGAUAUGUUAUCUAUUUAAAUUUGUGGUAGGGCAAUUAAUUUAUUUAUCUGUUUCUGCUGUGUAGUCUGAAGCAUUUGUGUUUAGAGUCACUUCAUAAUCCUCUUUUUAAGAUGUUUUAUUAUCAUUUACUUGCAACACCUAAUUUCUUAUUUUGUACUAUUCACAGCUUCAUUUAAAUGACUAUCAAUCAGUGUUAGUCCAGACAGUUCAAGUACAUUUUAUGCUAUAAUAUACUACUUUGUCAAGGGCCCAGACAAGUAAAAAUCUCAUCUGAUUACAUUUCUUAACAAUAGAUUUCUAAUUUAUCAGUAUGGCUUUUUUUAAAAAUCUAGCUUAACAUGGAUUUGGAUUUUUCUGUCUUUGUACUGAGACUUAUUUGUGAUUUAUACUGUAAAUAAUGCAGCUGUGAUUCCAGCUGACAGAACAGUAAGGCUGACUUACUCCGACCUCAGGAUUAAACAUCGUCUAAUGUUUGUUGAGCGUUACCUGUCGAAACAGUAUCCAGAUGUCAAAUGUUUGCAAGGGGUUAGAGCAAGUUGCAUGAUGUUUUUUCCCAACAAACAAAUGCCUUAAAUGUCUGUGUUUACUUGUUUUUGUAUGAUUUUGUAACAACAGAGUUUCCUAUCUGAAUUCAAAACCUGUUUCAUAUCAUUUGUUGCUGCUGUUAGUCUCUGCAGAGUCAUCGUUUGUCUGGUUUGAUGAGCAUGAAUCGCUGUUAUGUAAAUAUUCUGUCAGCUGCAUUCUAAGCUAACUGUAACCUGUUGUACAGAGAUGUCAUAAAGCUGUUAAUAUUAACAAUAAAUGAAGAAAUAACUCUG